GUGCAAAAACACACAUUGGUGGCUACUCCAAUAGUUUUAAAAGCUGGUGCUCAGCAGCUUUCUAAAAUGUUCUUUGCGGACGUUUUAAUUGUACUGGUAGCGUUUCAUGGUGUAAAUUGUGAAGAACAAAAGCGACUUGUUUUUCACAGCAGUGAUGACAUUGCUUUGGAGUUCCAGACAUUACGCCAGGAAAUAGAAGCUCUUAAAAUAAACCACACAAACGACAGACAAAUGCUCCAGAGUUCGCACGCACAAGAAAUACAAUCGCUCAAGAGUACACAAGCGCAAGAAUUGGCAGCCCUGAAAACAGAAAUUUCAGUAUUGAAGAGUGAUCAAGGAUCAACGUAUGUGAGGUGGGGUAAAACAGCGUGUGAUGGUAAUGGUACAGAGAAGGUAUACUCAGGAUUUACAUCGGGUUCACCAUAUGAUGUCGAAGGUGCUGCGAGCUACGUCUGUCUCCCACAACAUCCUACUUGGGCAAAAUAUAAAGAUGGCAUACAAGGCAUAGGUGGUAAAAUAUCCGGCACAGAGUAUGAGAUGUAUUCAACUAUUGACCCAUUUUCUCAAAACAUGCAAGAUCAAGAUGCACCUUGCGUAGUGUGCCGAAGUCCGAGACCAACAACUGUCAUGAUACCAGGAAGGAAAGACUGCUACCCGAACUGGACACAAGAAUACACGGGGUAUCUUAUGAGUGGUCAUUCUGGCCAUAAAGGUGGUUCUGACUACGCCUGUGUGGACGCUGACCCAGAAGCUGUCUAUCACGGAGAAGCUGACCAAAACGGCAAGCUACUCUAUCUUACAGAAGUUAAGUGUGGAUCUCUUCCAUGCCAGGAGUACCCGGACGGACGUGAACUGGCGUGUGUUGUUUGUUCAAAAUAAUUUGAAGAAAAUAAAUAACUCUUUACUUCA